CCCCGGCCGGCUCGCGGACGGUGGCCGACAGGCCGUGGCGCCGCUGGCGCUCAGGGCGAUGCAGCUGCCACCCGCGCUGCACGCACGCCUGGCGGGGGCACCCGGGUCGGCCGAGCCUCUACCCGUGGAGCGGGACCCCGCGGCCGGGACCGCGCCCUUCCGCUUCGCGCCGCGCCUGGUUCGCUUCCCACGGGAGCACGACUUCUUCGAGGAUGGGGACGUGCAGCGGCACCUCUACCUCCAGGAUGUGCUCACGCAGGUGGGCGGGGCGCCCGAGAGGCCCAGGGUGCCCGAGUUCACCUGUCAGGUGGCCGGCUGCUGCCAGGUGUUCGACGCCCUGGAGGACUACGAGCACCACUACCACGCUCUGCACAGAAACGUCUGCUCCUUCUGCAAGCGGGCCUUCCCUUCCGGCCACCUGCUGGACACCCACAUCCUCGAGUGGCACGACUCCCUCUUCCAGAUUCUGGCCGAGCGGCAGGACAUGUAUCAGUGCCUGGUGGAGGGCUGCACAGAGAAGUUCAGAACCAGCAGAGACCGGAAGGAGCACCUGGUGAUGCGUCAUCUCUACCCUGCGGACUUCCGCUUCGAUAAACCGAGGAGGAGCAGAGGCCCAGCCAUGCCCAGUGCCGCUGAGCAGGUGUUGGCAGAAGCCCUGGGGGAUGACCGGGUACCGUCGGAAGGCGACGCCAUGGAAGUCUGCUCUGAACAUGUGGAGCCCCCCCCAGAACCCGUGGGAGAGAGGCGGGCCUACAGCCACAGGAUACCAUCUACCAUCUGUUUUGGUCAAGGUGCCUCACGAGGAUUUAAAAGCGCCAAGAAGAGAAAUAAGCACCAGUAACGGCGGUUCCUCUGCGGCCCUGCAGCGGUGUUGCCGGGCUUUUCCUCUUGCCCCGCGGGGGCCCCAGGACCCUGGCCCGUGCCGCCCUCCAUGUCGCGGGCCCGUGACCGACUGAACGAGGCCGGUGGCUAUGUGGGAAGCCGUGGGGCAGCCGCGGAUUCCGGGAAGGGCCCCUUCGUGCGGUGACUGGGGUGUGGGGAGCAGCCCCCGCCCCCCAGUGUCCUUGCGAAACACGUGGAGUAAAUGGUUACCAUUA